UUCUGCCGCCUGGCCGGCAAGGUCGAGGCGGGCGUGAUAUGCGAGCUGGUCGACGACGGGCAGGUCGUCCCGGGGAGGGCCAUCCACACCGACCCGGGGAUGCUGCGCGGCGAGGCCUGCGUCGCCUUUGCUAGGAAGUGGGGGAUCAAGGUCUGCACCAUUGCCGACCUGGUCGACUACGUGGAGAAGACGGAGGGGCCUCUGCAGCUCAAUGGAUCUGGGGAGUAA